AGGCCGCAAAUAAUCAAUGUUUCAUCUCUAGCUCCUUUAAGUUUUGCGUUAUUUAUGUAAAUGUUUAGCGAAAUUGCGGAAAAAGUGCAUAUCAGUGCGCUCGAUUGCUGAAAAAGUAGUUCCGUUGCGUACGGCGAAGAGCCCAUCAAAGGCGGCCCAGUGGCCAAGCGAUCGGAGGGCCAAAGGAAGUCCCAGUCGACGUGUUGUAUUCGGGGCGCGGCGCCUGCAGAAAACGGACAAAACAUCCUUAGGACAGCCACACAAAGGGACAUCGAUACUUUCAGCCACCGCACACAAUGGCCGAGCGACCGAAGAAUUUGUUCGCAACCGGAUCCAGUCGUUCCCGCAAUCCCCCGGAUCAGCUCAGCCUGAACAACCUCAGCAUUCGCCAUCCGCCCUCAUCCACAUCGUCCACCUCGUCGGGUUCCACCUCUUCGGGCUCAAGUUCCUCAUCGCAGCACAACCAUGUGACCCGCUGUUUUGGUGCCCAGCAGCCACAACCGGUUCCACCGGUGGCCAGCACUAGUGUGCCCGCAGUUCCGGCAGCUUCGAACAGCAGCGCCGCCGAUCGCCACCGGGAGCGGAUUCGCCAGCAGGCCUGUGGCAAGCUGCAGUUUGGCGAGGGCGCCGCCAAUACACACACUUUCACUUCGGAUGAUCUCGAGGAUGAGGGCGAAAUUGGGCGUGGAGCCUUUGGGGCGGUCAACAAGAUGAUCUUCAAGAAACUGGACAAGGUAAUGGCCGUGAAGCGUAUACGCUCCACCGUCGACGAGAAGGAACAGAAGCAGCUGCUCAUGGAUCUUGAGGUGGUCAUGAAGUCCAACGAGUGUAUUUACAUCGUUCAGUUCUAUGGUGCGCUUUUCAAAGAGGGCGACUGCUGGAUUUGCAUGGAACUGAUGGACACCUCGUUGGACAAGUUCUACAAGUACAUUUACGAGAAGCAGCAGCGCCACAUUCCGGAGUCCAUACUUGCUAAGAUUACGGUCGCCACCGUAAAUGCCCUCAACUAUCUGAAGGAGGAGCUGAAGAUCAUCCAUAGGGAUGUAAAGCCGAGCAAUAUUCUUUUGCACCGUCGUGGUGACAUCAAGCUGUGUGAUUUUGGCAUAUCAGGUCAGCUGGUUGACUCGAUUGCCAAGACCAAGGAUGCGGGCUGCAGGCCCUACAUGGCGCCGGAACGCAUUGAUCCGGAGCGCGCCAAGGGCUACGAUGUACGAAGCGAUGUUUGGUCUUUGGGCAUAACUUUAAUGGAGGUGGCUACCGGUAAUUUCCCUUACCGGAAAUGGGACUCGGUCUUCGAGCAGUUGUGCCAGGUUGUGCAAGGUGAACCGCCAAGACUAUUGACGUCCUACAACGGCAUGGAGUUCUCCAAAGAGUUUGUUGACUUUGUCAAUACUUGCCUGAUUAAAAAGGAGAGCGACAGACCGAAGUAUAGCCGGCUGUUGGAGAUGCCCUUUAUUCGUCGCGGUGAGACGAGCCACACCGAUGUUGCCGUGUACGUCGCUGAUAUCCUAGAGUCGAUGGAGAAGGACGGCAUCACGCAGUUCACGGCCAACCAGCAGGCGGAGAGUUAAUCACCCUGCGAAAAGAAGCAAGUCAUAAAUUAACUGAGAAACCACAACAACACAACAAGCAAACUAAGCAGAAGGGCAGCAGAGAAAAUUUAAAUUGUUGUCUACUUUGUAGCAUUCGUAGAAAACCUAGCGCAUAUUUUGUUGAACAGAAAAACAAAACUAAGCGAAAAGUGUGUAAGCUGGUAGUAAGCAUAAUGUGUGUAUAGUUUAAAGUCCCUAAAAAGCCUAUUAUAAUUCAAUAAUUUUUGUAUUCGCAGUUUUGUGCGUCCAAUUUUGUGUUGAAAAUAAAUUUGUGUUAAAAAGCAGGCCAGCAGCAGGUUACAGUCGAGUAUUUCGGCCAAUAAUUUGACCAGCUUUGGACUCCCCGCCCAAUGCCUAUUUAUAUACAUUCAUUCAAGCGAGCAUUUUAUAAUCCGGUUGAUUUAUUUAUCAUUAAUGAUGAAACAAGACCAAUUGGUAAUGCAUUUUGCGUUAAUAAGCAGCCACAUGCAAAACAUAAGCAAUAUUUGUAAAAAAAACUUCGUGGGAACGAAGAUUGACUACCCAUACAAACUAACAGAAACACCAACACGCGUUAAAGUGCGUAAAAAACAUAGUUCAACAAAAACUAUUGAAUUAUAAAUUAUUUAUUGAACAGAUUUUGUAAUCCUAUUAUAUUUUUUAAUUUGCAUAUAUAAAAAUGAUUGUGAAAAGCUUUAAAUAAUAGCCAAGCGGCUGAGAUGUUUAAAUUGUAGUAGAAAUUAUUGCAGAGAAAUGCAAAAUUAAUCCCAUAAUAUAUGAAAUAAUUAGCCACAACACCGACACAUUCACACACUACACACAUAUAGACACGUUUUUAUGCGUAGUAACUAGUUGUAAGCGAAGCAAAAAUAUUUAGCAAAAAAGUUACAGCUACAAAAACAAAAGUCAUGUGAAAACUGAAAAUAAAACAAAAUAAAUGUAUUGUGCCUAAGUAUAAA